AUGAGCGAUGAAUGGGGAGAAUUCACUCAAUUCAUUUCGCAUGGAAGCUACGGAUUGGUCAUGCGUUCUUCGAAAAAUCCACAUAUCGUGGGCAAGUUCAUCCAAAAACAUAUCGAUAAUCCUACAGUGAUCUAUUCGAUGAAAACGAUUCUUUGCUGGAUUGAGCAACUUUUCUCGGCGCUUUGUUGGCUCAAAAAGUUUGGAUUCAUUCAUCGCGAUAUCACACCGCAAAAUGUGCUUGUGAGCUCAGCAAGCGAUGUUUACGCGGUUGGACUGAUCAUCUGGGAAAUGAUUGAGCGAAAGUUAGCUUAUUGUGAAUACGACGUUUUGGAACAAGGAUAUCAUACCUUUUUCAACGAUCUUUGCGACGGAAAAUGCCUUUUGGAACCACCAAAUUGCUCACAGGCAAAAAUUCAAGAGCUCGUUCUCAACUGUACCGCUUUUCAUGAUGAAUUCCGUCCAGAAGUCGAACAGUCACUUCAUUUUGUACGAGAACUCAGUGAGAGCUAUUCAGCACAAAACUUUCAACCAAUCAUUGAUCCAGAAGAAACUCGAAAAAUACGUCCAAUUGGAUUUGCUUGCUUUGAGCAUGUUGGAGAAAAGACUCUUGUU